AAAACAAAAACAAACUUUUCAAUCGAUCAAUAGCAUAGCCUGAGAAGAAAGGAAAAUCUAGAUUCAGGUCUUAUCUCUUUCGCCCAUAGUGCUCGAAACUGCACCUGUAGUAGUGUUAUCUGUGUUAUUGAUUGUGCGUUCCAAACUCAUGAUAACUGAGCACGUCCGGCAUUUCAAUGCAGGGCAGUUUCAAGAUACAACUUAUAAAUAUGGGGACGCGGGCGGCGGCUUUUACAGCGAAGAUCCGCAGCCUGUACGACUGCCAGCUGCGGCUGAUGCACAACAUACAGCCGCUGCCAUCAGGGACGGACAUCGCUAACACCGUCAAGUACUUCUCGCAGACGCUUCUUAGCGUGUUAAAAGAUGUGCCCCGGUCUCCCCUGGAGAUGAUCCGAGACGCGGACAACGACGCCGACCGCAUGUUCCUGUACCCCAACCUGGAUUACAAGGGGCUGUUCAACGCCAUCUCGCAGUUGGUGGACUCUGCUCCUCAUCUACAGUAUGGGAUGCAAGCAUUCGGCCAAGCAGUCCUCCAAUGCUUGGGCUGCCUGCUACCCUUCCUAGAAUACGACAUGAUCGACAACCUGCCCUACCUGGUGGCGUAUUGCGUCGCCGUCCUCCCGGUAUCGCUGCAUCAGGAGAUCCUGCACUUGCUCUGCUAUUACAUACUGCCGUUUACCAUCACUCGCAAGUACUCGGGACAAGAGGAAGAAAGUCAGGCUUCACAAUCUGUUGCAGCCAUCAUCAUGAUGGUGUUCCAACAUUCUAACAAUCCAGCCCAUCACUGCCAGCUCCUAGAAUGCCUGAUGUCGCGAAAGAGCACCGUGGUGAAGGACGUGCUGUGCGUGAUAGCGUACGGCACGUGGGGCGCUCGCGUCUCGGCCGCCAAGCUGCUGUUUUACUACUGGCCGCCGUUCGACGCCAAGCUCUUCGAUAGGAAGGGGCUGCUCUGCAAGUUCUCUAAUGAUCUGGUCCCGUUUGCGUGUCAGCGCGACAUGUGCCCAAGCAACGGCACCGCGGAGGCGGCUAAAGUGUGCCUCGACCAUUGCAUCAGCGUCACCUUUGCCAGCGACAGUCCCCCGCCACUGUAUCUCUGCAUCGAGUGUGCCAAUGAGAUACACAGGGAGCAUCCUAAUCAAAACUUCCUGGACAUCUUACAUCCUCAGCAACAAGUUUCCAUGGUUUGCGAAAAUAAGAACUGUCGUUCGACGGACAAAUCGGCCUACUCCAUCUGUUUUUCGAACGAAUGUGCCAAUUAUAAUGGAAUGCACCCAAUAAGGUACUGCCAGCAAUGUCACGGCAACCGCCACAACAGUCGUCGCGGAGGAGACCACGUGGUCCACACUCGGCUGCCACCCGCAUGGCAUAUGGACUCUGACAUGCAGACCAACCUUGUGGAAGCCAUCAUCAGCUUACUGAAAGAAGCAAAGCCGAUAAACAUGGAGGAUCCAGACAGCUCAUCGGACCAGCUGAAGCCGCCGCUCAGCGUCGACCUACCCGACCCUAUAUCGAUCGAGGAUCGCCAGUUACUCGGCAGGUAUGGCGUGUGGUUGAUGGUAGGGUUGUGCACGCCCAACCCCGAAACGCCAGACGAGAUCCUAGGCCGGUUGCUGUCUGUGCUGUUCCACUGGUUUCAUGUCACCUCCUUCUCUUAUACAGGGGAGCUAGCGAACUUGGUAGAAAAACUAAAAAAUGAACACGUAUGUCCCUGGCUGCGAGACAUCGCGGCUUCCCACCGCGCCGUGCUCGUGGCGUGUCUGCUGCCGCACCCGCCGCACUACAUGCGCCAAGCCGGCCAUUGGGACAACCUGGCCACCAAGACACACCAUCUCAAGGACGGACUUAACAGACUCUACUGCCUGAUUCCGUAUGGCAUCAUCACGCAGUCCAUUUGGGACUACAUAAUGCCCGCGUGGAUGGAAGCCAUUUGCUCCGACGUGCCUGAAAAGGAGCUGAUCGAGCUAAAAGUUCCCGUUGCCAAGAUCCUUGAGCCAGAUGGAGCUAUGCUGGGCUUGGACGAGCGCAACCUGUACAACUUCGCUGUGCUGCGCGUCAGUGACACGCCAUCGCCCGAGACACUACUUCCCGUGUUGGAGUGGUUUCAGACUAUCUCGCUGCUGGAGGUUAAGAUACCACUAUGGCAGCUGUUCGACUUAUUCAGUCACUGCGUCAUCAAUCUCCCUGAGAAGAUCUUCAAGCCUCCUCUGGCCGGUAGCAAGAGUAAGGAGGACCCAGAGUGUCCGGAGAUGAACGAGAAGGACACGAAAGAGAAGGAAGACUCGCUGCGGCCGCAGAAUCUUACUUGCUGCAUACUCAUGCUGGACAUAUUGCUGAAACAGAUGGAGCUCCAACAACGUCGAAUCAACAUGCAGAAUGUGAGCAGCGAAGCCACAAAGUUGUUGCGUUUGAUGUUGAAGUCGAGCCAGAGCAAUACCAUAGAACAUGCUCGUUGCCUGUCCGAAGGAGCUUGUUCAUAUUGCGAGGCGGCAGCGUUGUGGCAUCAGCUGGCCGUGCAACUGGUUCGGGCUCUGGUACCAGACAAGCCGAAACCACAGCCGACGCCCCCCAGAGAGGAGCCGUGGCUGGACAAGAAGGACGAGGAGCGCAGCAAGUCCGGCACGCCGGCCGCCCCGGACGCGCUACUGUCCGUCGCGCACCCGCUCGACAAGAGCUCCGUCGGAGGCGUGCUGGUGCACAUGCCGCAUUUUGUUCAUUUCAUGCAACUGUCACUCAUAAGCGACGUCGAUUCGGAAGCGACCCUGACAAAGUCGUCAGCCGACACGCAAAUAAUGACAGCGACCGUGGAGACGAUCACAGAGCAACUGGAUAUGGCGACGAGUCUGCCGGCGACAGACGCUCCGCCCAUGGCUACGGCUCACACCAUCACUUUGACGGACACCGAUGUUGCUACCGCUACAGCUGACGUAUCCACACCUAACUUGUUGGGAGACCAUGAAGCAAUGGCAGAAUCAGUGGAUGAAGAUAUGACCAACUUCUGGCCGACGUCUGCUGGAAAGUUCCACUUCUGCAUUGACGAGCUGCCCCAGGAGCUGCAGUACAUACACCAGCUGUUACAGGAAUUGAAAAGCACGUCCCACCCGAACGUGCUGUAUCACCUGCUGCAGUGCUUGCAAGUGUUGGUGCUAAACGCUGACGCUCUCUCCGAGCACAGGGGGUUCUUGAUCUGGUGCCAGGAGAAUUUGCUUAUUGACAACUUGUGGAGCGUGUGCGACGCAUCUCACUCGGCCAUCUGCUCCGUGGCCGUGCCGGUGCUGCUGCACUGCUGCACGCUAGCCGGCGGCGGCGACGUGUUCUGCGCGCUCGUGCGAGACCAGUUCCAUCACAGGGACGCGCGCGUACGCUUCCGCGCGCUCGAGAAAGUCACCGUCAUCAUCAGAUUUAUGGACGGCUCGCCCAUCAAAACGAGCCUGCCUCUCCAGACCGCGCUGGCCACUGCCUUCUGCUACCUCAUCUCGAGCAUGGACGAUAUCAACGUGUAUGUGGCGCAACGGGCCACCUUGUACAUCGGCACCAUACAUGAUAAUGCCAUUGACUUGCUCGUAUACUGUUUGGAAACACAAUUCGAUCUGGUGAUCGUGGACCGAGCCAUGGUACUGCAGUGCGUGUACCAGCUCCAUAAUACCCUGAGCGACCGCAACAUUCUGUCCUGGCAGUUUUUCCUCAAUCGCUUCGAAGCACUCUUUCUUGAAGCUCAGAUCAACUCUAACAAGAACGUGGAUUUCAAUAAUUUGAGAGAACUUGUUAGUACGGACACGAGCUCCGAAUGGUUCCAGUACAAGGUGCGACGUGCUCAUGAGGCACUUAGUGUGUCAGCAGUGAACACUUUAAGUGCCUCUUUCGGCACUAAGUGGCCGUACAAGAGGACUAUCUCUGCCCCCGCUACGAUGCCGCCGCAGCCGGACAGACAACACGGUGGUUGUGUUCCAGAGAGAGAGAAGGUCUACUCCCGCCAGUACUCGGCGCCCCUCUUGAAGAGAAAGACCUCGAGAUUUGGCCUGGGGCAGCUUCUGGCGGCGCCCGCGUCGGUGCCGACUCCACAGCGCGCUAAUAACCAUGAGGGUUUGCACACGUUGUCAGGCCGGUCUACUGAGGAAAUUAUGACCGUGAUGCCUAAAGCGGUAGACCUGGAAGAGGCUGACAGAGAAACCACUAAUCUGCUGGUAUUUCUUCUUAUGCAGUUCUUGUCAAGGUCCGACCAAGCUCAUCCGAAUGAAGACAAGCAAUCGUUGAAAACCCAAGAGGUGGUGCUGAGACAUCUGUUUCUUCUUCUGGGGUACAACUGUGUCGACAAAUGCUUCCACAUCUCGCCACACACGUUAAGGCAAUCUGCAAUUUUCAACGCGUUCAUAGCGAAUCUACCUCAGGUGUUGGACCAAAACCACUUGAUGGGCGCCAGUAUAGCCGAACCCACAUUAAUGCUGUUACAAUUUUGCAGCAGCCCCGGCUCAAGCGCUGGAGUGACUGCCCCGAUGUCCAUGGCCGGCACCCUGGUCACGCACUCCUUACACGCUCUAGAACCCCAUGUCAGACGUCACUGGCUUAUGGCUCUGUCCGUCGUCAUGUACAAGUACCACUACGGCAGCGGGACAUUGUGUGCGCAAGUGCAGUCGUUAAAUCGCAUCGUGCUCAACACCGUAGAGGCGCAGUACCACGUCUGCAAGCGCAUCCCGCCCAUGAUCGUGAUGCCACACACCACGAGAGAGCUGAGCCAGCCGUCGCUCAAGUCGUGCGCGGCGCCGGAGCGCGCGGCAGCGGCGGGCAGCCCCGCGCCGCUCGAGCGCAAGCCCAAGGCCGCCGACGCGAUGCCCACGCACUGGGAGCAGCCCGCCAACAAGUCAGUGCCUUCCAGAACUAUACCGCAUCGAGAUGUCAGGUGGGCCUCCAGAGCUGAGCCAGCCGUCGCUCAAGUCGUGCGCGGCGCCGGAGCGCGCGGCGGCGGCCGGCAGCCCCGCGCCGCUCGAGCGCAAGCCCAAGGUGGGCCUCCAGAGCUGAGCCAGCCGUCGCUCAAGUCGUGCGCGGCGCCGGAGCGCGCGGCGGCGGCGGGCAGCCCCGCGCCGCUCGAGCGCAAGCCCAAGGCCGCCGACGCGAUGCCCACGCACUGGGAGCAGCCCGCCAACAAGUCAGUGCCUUCCAGAACUAUACCGCAUCGAGAUGUCAGGUGGGCCUCCAGAGCUGAGCCAGCCGUCGCUCAAGUCGUGCGCGGCGCCGGAGCGCGCGGCGGCGGCCGGCAGCCCCGCGCCGCUCGAGCGCAAGCCCAAGGUGGGCCUCCAGAGCUGAGCCAGCCGUCGCUCAAGUCGUGCGCGGCGCCGGAGCGCGCGGCGGCGGCCGGCAGCCCCGCGCCGCUCGAGCGCAAGCCCAAGGCCGCCGACGCGAUGCCCACGCACUGGGAGCAGCCCGCCAACAAGUCAGUGCCUUCCAGAACUAUACCGCAUCGAGAUGUCAGGUGGGCCUCCAGAGCUGAGCCAGCCGUCGCUCAAGUCGUGCGCGGCGCCGGAGCGCGCGGCGGCGGCCGGCAGCCCCGCGCCGCUCGAGCGCAAGCCCAAGGUGGGCCUCCAGAGCUGAGCCAGCCGUCGCUCAAGUCGUGCGCGGCGCCGGAGCGCGCGGCGGCGGCGGGCAGCCCCGCGCCGCUCGAGCGCAAGCCCAAGGCCGCCGACGCGAUGCCCACGCACUGGGAGCAGCCCGCCAACAAGUCAGUGCCUUCCAGAACUAUACCGCAUCGAGAUGUCAGGUACCAGCAAUGGAGCCUCGAGCACGAGUCCUCGGAGAGCGAGCUGAUCGCUAUUCCUGAAACCAGCGACGUCGACACUACUGUACACGGAAGUACUGCACCGGGUUCCUUUGAUGAGCCCUCGCAUUACGAAGACCCGCCGCCAAAGAUCGAGACCGUUGCCACCACAUCAGCGCCCCACCCGCCGCUAAGCAAGAUUGCUCAAUUGGGAUCUCGUUCUACACAUCAGUUGUCUACCAGUUCCUCGGUAUCCAUCGGUAGUGACUCUUCGAAUUUAAAAUCUACCCCUAUGAGCGGGCAGUCAGUAGAGAUUUGGCCCGAUCAACUACACGGGCCGCAGACUUCACCGCGGGCUAAAAUAUUGGGAAAACAAAAAAGGAUCAUUGUGGGCAGCAGCACAUCUCCAGACACGGCGCCUUCUUCAAACGGUGACGGGAACUUCGCAGCCUGGCCACAGCACCGCAAGGACAACGUCAAGAGCCCUGUACGCGCCUUCACGGGCGCAUACGCGUCGCCAGAGUCGCCGCUGUCGAAGAUGGAGCUGGCGUGGAACGCGCCCUCGCCGCUGCACCACCAGCCGCACCAGCCCUUCCACAUCCCACCUCCAGAGAGAUUGCUGCCCAUAGGUCCGAAGCCCAAUAAGGACCAGUAUCCAGUUUUUAACGCCCUGGUGGAUCGUGUACGAGAAGCUCUUACUUUACCACCAGACGAUUCAACCGACAAGACAGACUCCAGUAGCCAGCACGAGCCCGAGCCGACGCCGGAGCCGACACCAACACCGACAUCGAGGCCACAGGACUUAACCAAGAAACUCUCGUCUGAGGGCGCCACUCGGUCUCGGGGAGCAUCGCCCCGGCGCCUGGCGCGACAGGCCGCGCAGCUCGGCUCGCCGCCCACGCCGCCGCCGCCGCCCCAGCCGCCGGCAGCGAGACCACAGAGCUCAGGUAGGUACAUCUAUGUACACGUGUGGAAUAGCGCGCUGGACGGCGCGGGCGCCGGUUGGUGGGAGGCGGACAGCCGCGCCGGCCGCCGCGCCGCGCACGCCGGCACCGCGCCGCGCCCCGACACCACGCUCCAGUACCGCUGCGCGGAAUGUGGCACAGCAGUCGAGCAGUACAGUGAUGAGGAGCUAGGGCUCUGCGUGAUCAUCCUGGCCACGUUCGUGCACCGCGAGCCGUGUGCUGCGGCCGCCAUGCUCCCGGCGCUGCUGCAUAACGUCAGCAGGGUGGUCCAACUAGGCAACUACGCUUGGCAGACGGAGACGAACACCCGUCUGCCGGGCAGCGCGGUGUUCGUGGCCCACCAGUUCCUGCGCUGUGUGCUGCAUCAACUGGCACCCAACAAUGUGUUCCUGCAGAUAUUCCUGCUGAGGAGUCCCGACGGAGACGAACACCCGUCUGCCGGGCAGCGCGGUGUUCGUGGCCCACCAGUUCCUGCGCUGUGUGCUGCAUCAACUGGCGCCCAACAAUGUGUUCCUGCAGAUAUUCCUGCUGAGGAGUCCCGCGCGGUGUUCGUGGCCCACCAGUUCCUGCGCUGUGUGCUGCAUCAACUGGCGCCCAACAAUGUGUUCCUGCAGAUAUUCCUGCUGAGGAGUCCCGAUAUUCCUGCUGAGGAGUCCCGGUAUGUGUUAUAUGUUUUGACAGGGUGGCCACCUUGGCAACUACGCUUGGCAGACGGAGACGAACACCCGUCUGCCGGGCAGCGCGGUGGUGGCCACCUUGGCAACUACGCUUGGCAGACGGAGACUAACACCCGUCUGCCGGGCAGCGCGGUGUUCGUGGCCCACCAGUUCCUGCGCUGUGUGCUGCAUCAACUGGCGCCCAACAAUGGUGGCCACCUUGGCAACUACGCUUGGCAGACGGAGACGAACACCCGUCUGCCGGGCAGCGCGGUGUUCGUGGCCCACCAGUUCCUGCGCUGUGUGCUGCAUCAACUGGCGCCCAACAAUGGUGGCCAUCUUGGUAACUACGCUUGGCAGACGGAGACGAACACCCGUCUGCCGGGCAGCGCGGUGUUCGUGGCCCACCAGUUCCUGCGCUGUGUGCUGCAUCAACUGGCGCCCAACAAUGUGUUCCUGCAGAUAUUCCUGCUAAGGAGUCCCGAGAAACAACGGCUGAUGUUCUUCAAGAGCAUCGCGCAGGCAUUCGUCGACUUCAACGAGCUGUACCCGUGUGGGCCGCUGCAACUCGUGGUCGAGCAUUUGAACUCUAAGAAGACUCUGCCUAUCGAUCAAAUAUCCGUGAUCGCGUCAAACAUCUGCCUGUACCUGUCUUGCCUGGCGCCAGAAGUGCUGGGCCCGACCACCGCCUGCUGCGCUUUGCUUAGCCAGCUGGAAGCGCUGUUCCGCUCCAUAGUGCUGCAACUGCCAGCUGUGGAUGAGCCUGGCACGCUGUUGCGAGCCGCCGCCGCAGUGCUGAGGAUACCCGGGGCUAAUCAGAACAAGAGCAUCCUCGAGCCAAUCUCCAAGAUCAUCAGCUACUCCAUCCAGAACUACGUCGUGAAACUAUCCAUCAUCUCUGAGCUGAGCGCCGUUUGCGUGCGCGUGUUCAGCCGCGACCGCGACAAGCUGCUGGUGUGUCGCGUGCUGGUGUUCGAGCUGGUGCAGGCGCUGCGGACGAAGACCACCAUCCCGGACGAGAACCUGUUCAUACUGAUACAGUUUGUGCUGCAAGGUCACAACUGCACCCUAGUCCUCCCGCCGGCGCUGAACACAGGCGACCUGCUCACACCAAGCGGUCCCGAGGCGCGGGACCUCGGCUCCGGCGCCGUGGACUGCAUGCGGCCGCACCUGCCCGACAUGAUCGACCUACUCCAGGACCCCCACCUACUCAACAAGAUCAAGGGAUCCGUUUCCAAGUCAAUAGUGAACCGCAAUCUAAUUUGUCUUAACGAGGACACGCUAGGAGCGAUCGUGAAGGGCGGGAUCGCUCAAUACGUUGCGUUGGAACUGGCAGCGGAGAGAGGCGGCAAGGCCUGCUCGCAGGGCCGCCAUGUGUUGCCUUGGCUCACCACCACCGCAUUACCUGGAUCGCGAGAAGUCAGCGAGUGCAUCACCCGCGUCCGCCUCGUGUCCUGGCUGGUGAUGGGCGCCCUGUGCAACGCUUGCGGCGGCGCCGGCUCCGAGCCGCAGCCGCUACAGCAGCCCGUGCCGCAGGACGCGAACUGCCACAUCACCGACCACAUACAGACAAUUAUGUCUUCAUACGUGGAGCAAACGAAACCAGGUCCUCAACGAAUGAAUGCGCUCUUCCACGCUUUCAUCCUCUGCCACCUGUGGACCCUGUACCUUGAAGAACUAGCGGCGGCCAGCACCCCUAGUAGCGAAGCGAACCACACCACUGUGUGUAUCCUGCUGGACUUCUGGUGCAAGCUGGUGCCGAGCAUACUACAGGUCACCGUGCAGUCGAAAGUGCUGGCAGAAACCGUGAACCUGCAUUUUCUGAGCCUGCUGGAAUCUCUGCUGGAGUGCAACUCGACCGUACUCAAUAAGCUUCUACCUCUCUGGACGCCCAUCCUGCAUUCACCGCUUUUCAGUAUGCCUCCUCACGUAGCCGAGCGUGUGGCGGCGUGCCGCGCGCUCCGGCCGGAAGUGGUGCGCGCGCAGAAGCCCCCCACCGCGCGCCCGCAGCGCCGCCUGCUGCGCCUGCUCGCCAAGAUGGCGCAGCUCGAGUUGCAGCCGCACGCCUUCUACUUCAUAUAGACGGU